AUGUCUUCACCCGACGAUUAUAACAAAGAACAAUCUUGGUCCAAAUCCUCUUUUAUAUGGUUUAGACAUGGAUGCUGCGUCCCUACGACGUCGGUAUUAUGGAUGAUCGUUGUUCUUUUCAUAUUCACUAUUGCAACAUUACUAUGCUGUUGCUUUACUAUGCUUUUUAUAAGAUGGUUAUAUAAAAGACGUAUAAGAAAAAAGACAGAAGAUGUGCGAGAAAAAUACAGGAAGAAAGAUGAUCGACAAAAGGAAAACGAAUUGAGAUUAAAAGAAAUUGCUCUUCGGCCAAUUCAAAAGCGGGUUUUCCUCCCAUGUCCGGACCAUGAGCAUCAUGAUAACGAUACUCGCCUUCCUCCUAUGGAUAGUACCCAGCGAGGGGUGAUAUCGGAUCAGCGUGGAAGUCAGAAUCUAGCAGGAAUAGGAUCUGAUAAAAUGGAAGUGCCGCAAAGUCCUAAUUUAGCCUCACCUGGAAAAAGUUUAAAUCCUCCCAUGUUUACUGGCGCAACACCUCUUUCAAGCACUCAGCAACUACUUGCUCCAAAGAAGCCCUCGAGUCUUAAAGGAAGUAAGGAGGGAUCGGGCAGUGCCGAAAUAAGUAAAGAUCUCAUGCCACAUUUAUUCACUGGGAGGACACCGCUGUCAAGCUCACAACAAAUACUUGUACCUCCGCAAGCAGGUUCUGGAGCUAAUGCGCACGAAUUGGGUAGUGCGCAUGACAAACCUAUCCACAUUGGAGCAAGAGACGUGGCAGCCACAGUACACACUAUAGCGAAACACUCUGAAGUCAAAGAGGAACGUCCACCUGUAUCAGGAAUUGUGCUCACCUCAGACGGCAAAAAGGACAGCGCAAGCGACAUUAUUGGUCCGCAAUGCAGUAAAAGUGCAGAUCCUUCUAGUGUUCCCAUGAAAGGCUCUGCUAUCGAGUCGGAAACAACUACGGGCACUGAAAGAAAUUCUCCCAAGACAUCUGCGCAGAGAAGAAGAAGCAGUGAAGUUGGAGUGACAUCAUCGUCAUCUGAUCAACUCGCUGCGGAUGUAGCCAAAAAACGAGGAAAACAGGAGAGAAGAGUCAAACAGGAGAAGCAUAUUGUAAAACGUCAAGGAGCAGUUCAUAUUAUUGACGUGAGUCCAAAGAGGGUAUCCGAAAUGCGUCCAACCGCACCAUUCUUCCCAUACUGGACAGCUCAAAGGAGUAUUUCCAGAAAUGUGGAACAGAAUGCUACACCAUCUGGGCGAUUAGUGACAUCGAAGGUGACAACAUCCGAGGCUAGCUCAUGGGCGCCUAUCGGUGCGAGAAGUACGGAACCGACAAGAAGUUAUGCUAAAACAACCGAUACUGCCUCCAAAGAUGGCAAGAAAUCGCGUUCUUCUGAAUUCACCCCUCCACCUGUGCGUGAUGUAUAUCAGCUGCGUCGAGAACUGGAACGAAUGCAAGCCAAUCAGCUUGCUUUGGGAAUGCAGGACUUCCUUGAAGAAGAGGGCAAGCGGAAACGUCAACGUUCAAUCAGGUCAUUAUCUGUUCCAAAAGCGACCGAUGCUGACAUCAAAAUGCCUCCAAGCAACUUGAGAAACCGAUCCGCUUCCCAAUCAUCGUCCCAUUCUUCUCCGAAACGGUAUGCCCCGACGUCCAAACUUCCUCCACCGCGGUAUCCAAGCAUGUUUGCCGCCUUGCGAGCCGCUCUACAAGGGUCCUCAGGUCGCGCAAGGGUGGACGCACCGAUCGAAAAUUGCUGAACACUGCUAACUAAGAAUCAUUGAUGAUCUACCAAUGGACAACUUGAUCAAAUAUAAACUUUGCAGUGAUUAUUUCAUUACGUUUACUCGCACCCUUAUGUUUCGUGUAUUGUUGUAAUAGAAAUCACUUGAAUAAAUAAAAUUUUAA